AGAAAGGUACCAUUCUGGACCGAUUGAAUGCAGGCGAUAUAAUUGUCGGCGAUGGGGGCAUGACCUUUUGCUUAGAGAAGCGAGGAUAUGUCAAAGCAGGACCGUGGACCCCAGAAUGCACUGUGGAAAGUCCAGAGGCUGGUAAGUACCCCUACAGCAAUCCGGCAAAAGGACAUAACCACUAUCAUAACCUUGGUUAGACGGCUCCCCACUCCUAUCCCUAGAGUAAUUUUGUUUUUGUCUUCCUUUUCACUAAGCUAGUUUGGAGGGGUGGGUGGGGAAUCGAAGAACGUAGCUGGUCAAAAUUUUAACUCGGAUUAGGCAGGGGAAAUACAUGGUUCAGUGACUUGUGAAUUUUUCUGCAUAGAUGGAGAUACUGUAACAAAAUAUCAAUGGUUGGAGUGCAGAAAGACAUUGACGUAUCUAUGUUUUUUGUGCGCCCAAGCAGGAAGAUUAAGUAUCUUUUCACUUCGCAACUUAACUGUGGCGAGAAGGCGGGAAUUACAGUCCAGAUGGAAAAGUAACCGGCAUUCUAUUGGGGCUUUAGUCAUCUUAUGUCACGGCGAUCAGCCAGUUUUUUCUUGUAAAGAUUUUCUAAAGACUCACAUUUUUCAAUUGUCUCGACCCACCUAUUUGAGAUGGUUAACCCUUUAACUCCCGUGAGUGACCAAGACAGAAUUUCUCCUUUAAAUAUCAAUACAAUAUCAAUCAGCUAAGUGAUAAGAAUAAAGAAAAAUAUAAAUUUGGGGAUAAUUGGUUGAUCCUAAAUUCUCUGAACUAACAUUAUAAGAAUUGUAUGGUUGACAGUAAGGAGAAUUACAAAUUUGAUCUUGGAGUUAAAGGGUUAACAUUUCUUGAUCUUCUUUAUUUCACGGACCUAUUUUGUUAUUUUAGUUCGUCAGGUGCAUCGCGAAUUUCUUCGCGCUGGCGCUGAUGUCAUUCAAGCUUUUACAUUUUCUAUGGAUGAUGAAGUUAUUGAUGAGAAGGUAUCUUUGACCCCCAUUUUAAUUUUAUUUAAUAAAUUCAUGAACACACCUGGUUUGCCUCGAAAAUCCACCUAUCUAGAAAAAAUUUCUUGUUAUGAUCUCAGAUCAAUGUCAGUAUCUGGGAAACGGCGUACCUGCCCCUCCCUAACUCAACAUUAGUCAACUGAUAACAAGUUAGGUUUAAUGUUGAGUCAGGGAGGGGUAGGUGUGAAGAUUCUCAGAUGCUGACAUUGAUCCAUGAACUCAAUUCCUCCGUUCCAUCUUCCUUCCACAGAACGACGAAAUCAAUCAGUCUGCUUGUGACCUGGCAAAGGGCGUGGCACAAGAGGGAGGGGUGUUUGCAGCAGGGUCCAUCUGUCAAACAGCAAAGCUUUACGUAAAUGGUUCCGGUAAAGAAAAAAUACAGAAAAGAUUCGAGGAACAGAUCCAAAUAUUUCUAAAGAAUGACAUGGAUCUUCUGAUCGCCGAGGUAGGCAUUCUUUUAACAUCGAUGUUGUCUUGCGUGUGUUUGUGAACUCUGACAUGGUCACACUGUUGCAUUUAUCUAUUAAUUUCUUCUUAGUUCUUUGAGUAUGGCGAGGAAGCUGAAUGGGUCGUAGAAGUGAUGAAAACCACAGGUAAACCAACUGCCAUUACGAUGUGCAUUGGACCACAGGGAGACUUUGCCAAUGUGUCACCAGGAGAUUGCGCAGUGAGACUGGCAAGAGCAGGUAACAUUAGACAUUUUACUGUGGCCAAGGGGUUAUAAUCACUUUCUGUGGUUUAUAUUACCGCCAGAAUGUAGCCGCACUGUAUUGGUUUAUUCCUGCAAUGAGAUUAAUUGACAGACAGUCAAGGAGCUGGACUCGGCCCUCGGUGGUUCCGAUCCCAUGAGCCCGUGCGAACCGUCAACGUAACUCAGGGUUGAAAUGUAAGAAGAAAUCCGAUAGUGAAAUUCUAGGGUAGGGAGGGGGAGUAGUUUGCAAUGAAUUAGCAUCCCAUUUUUGGGACGAUUAAGGCUUGGGACGGGGUGACAAAAGUAAGAUCUUAUUUCAUGGAGAAUAUAUUCCUUCUUUCAGAAAUUCCCAAUUUGUUCCUCUCUUUAAAUCUUCUAUUCCUUUCCCAUUAAUUUUCGAUAGAAAUUGACAUCUUCAAGGGCUGGUGCGUUUUCCAACCGAAACAAUAUCAGUUACUGUGGUUUUGGGUUGAUAAAUGCAUGAUAUUAUAAGGGUGGAUUGAAAUACAUUUCUCUCUCUUUCCUCGAUGUCAGGUGCUGAUAUCGUUGGAGUAAAUUGUAAGUUCGAUCCCACUACUUCCAUAAAAACUCUCAUUCUAAUGAAAGAAGCUCUGGAUAAAGAAGGACUCAGUCCUCAUCUGAUGAUCCAACCUGUUGGUUACCACACUCCAGACGCCGGAAGAGCUGGAUUUGCUAGUUUACCUGAGCUACCAUUUGGUAAGAAAUUCAUCUCAAAAUCUUGGCUGUGUGUAUACCUUAUACUAAGGCACGUUAUCAUUGGUUAUUUGAUUUAGACCGCUUGUUCUGAUUUGCUGGUUCGCUUCUUAUUGCGAAUUCUGAUUGGUCGGUUUUUUUCGACUUUGAUGGAUACAUAGAUUGAGGAAACAUUCUUGCUAUUCAGAAGAGAGAUAUCUAACUCGCAAAAAGCAACGUUUUCCUUUUACAUCUCUUUAAUUUAGCUCUGGAGCCUCGUACACUUACCAGAUGGGACGCACAUAAAUACGCCCGGCAAGCCUAUGACAUGGGAGUGAGGUUCAUCGGCGGCUGCUGUGGAUUCGAACCAUAUCACAUCCGGGCUAUCGCAGAGGAGGUACGGGAAUUUUUUAAUGAUAUUUUUCGUAAUAGCAAAAGACAUAAGAAAAUGUUAUCGAAAGCCAUGUCCACAAUCUUGCCUCGGCUUGCUCGUGCCAGUUGUACGGGUUACAUAACUUACAGAGAUGUGAUUUAAGAAUCGAGGGUAGACCUGUCCAAGCUUAUCCCUUGAAGAAAAUUAUUGUCAAAUUUUUUGAAUUUUUUCUUUAUUUAUUCAUUUUCAGCUCUCUCCAGAACGCGGUUUUCUUCCUGUUGCAAGUGAAAAACACGAACCGUGGGGGGGAGGGUAUAAAAAUCACCCGAAAGAAUGGAUGGGACGAAGGUAAAACUCCUCACGCAUAUUUUCGUAAUAACUACCGCUGACUAUAGUCAAGUUUAUUAUUUUUGUUAUUUGCGCUGUUUAUUUUGGUAAGGUCCCGUAAAAGACGGGAGAGAUGACAUAAGAGCUAUUUCGGAGACGUGGCGACCCAGGGUUACGCUGGAAUCCUGGUCGAGAGGUCCUGCUUCCAGCUUUAAAAAAAGGGCGUUGUGUUAUGUUCUUGAGCCUAUCACUUUGUCGUCGCUGUGGCUUUCCAUGCCCUGGGGUUUAUAAUGGUAAUAGGAGCGAGUGGUAGUAAUUCGUUCGCGGUUGUCCGAUUUUGUUAAUCACUUGUAUGAUUAGAUACGAUUACAUACCGAAUUCCUGUUACCAAUUCAUCAAAACUAUGACAAAAUUUGAGGCAGAAACUAGACAUCGGGUAUACGUUUUCAUAAAAAAAAAAAAAACAACAGUUAACUUGGUGAAAUGCGAGACAACAGUGCGCACACAUGACGCGUUUUGUCCACUCACACAGGCAUGACAUGUUCACUGUCCCUUUUAUUGUCCUAUUUCACUGUUCAAUUAAAAGCAUGACGCGUAAAUUGUCCUACUGGUGUUCAAAUCGGGCUGGUAAUAACCAAUGACGCCCGAGAAUUUUGUUAACGUUUUGAUUAAAAUGGGCAUCAGUGUGAUGUCAAGCGUACUUUAAGUACUUCUCUGCUAUCUAGGGACAACUACUUGAUGCUAACAACGUACACUUUUGUACCCAGGGCUAACCGUGCUUAUUGGGAAAAUCUGGAACCUGCUAGUGGUCGUCCUUACUCUCCCGCGGUCUCAAAGUUUGACGGACCUGCUUGAUGAAGUCACAGUCGAACAUAAAUUUCACUUGCUAAAAGAAAUUUUAGUUUAGCAACUUGUGUUCGUACUCACAUAGAAAAAUCGAACAAAAAGGAAAUUUUAAGAUAUUGUUUCUGACCAUUCGCUAUCUUGUAACUAUACUGAAAGUUAACAUAGACAAAUGAAGCCUCUUGCUUAUGGGGUACCAUUUCUGCCAAAAUUAUCAAUCGCUUGUUGUAAAACUCAGUCGUUAGGCUAGCAACAAAUCGUGAUUGUAAAUAAAUUUUAGUUUUCAUUCUAAAAUGAUCAAUCGUUAGCGCUGAACGUCAAUCGUUUGUGUUGUUGCACCAAACGCCAUUGUAAGACUCCAAUUAAAAGCGCUAAUUGUAAAUCGCUGUUGUUCUGAGGCAGAUCGAUAGCGCUAAAUAUCGAUCAUAGGUUUUAGUGUCAAACGAUAGUGUAAAAACUUUAUGGCUUGUGUUAUUUUUGACUCUUUAACUCCUAAGAGUGACUAGGAACUAAUUUCUCCUCACCAUAUCACCCCAGAAUUAAACAUUAAGGUCAGGAGAAUUAAGGAAGUGAUCACCAGCUAAAGAAGCUCUUGAUUGUUAGACAAAUUCUCCUUGUCAGCACCUUAGGAAAUGUAUAGAGACCACUAUGGAGAAUAUGCAUACUGAUGUUAGAGUGUAAAGGGUUAAAAUACAGCCAUCGUAACGAUGUCAAUCGACGUUGCCACCCAUCUUUUUUGAUAAAAAGAAAUCGCUACCGCAAAACAUCAUCUUCCUUUUAACCCUUUAACUCCCAUGAAUGACCAAGACAGAAUUUCUCCUUACAAUAUCAAUAUGAUAUCAAGGAGACAAGUGAUGAGAAUGAAGAAAAAUAUAAAUUAGGGGAUUAUAAGUUGAUACAAUAUCAAAUUCUCCAAACUAACAUCACAAGAAUUGUAUGACAGACAGUAAGGAGAAUUAAUAAUAAGAUCUUGGGAGUUAAAAGGUUAAUUUAUUCACGCGCAACAUGGUUGAUCCUAGCUGUAUGCAGGACGCGAGUCACAUAUGAACCACGUAAUGGCCUAACUCAUAAUAGAAUUUCUUAAAGGAUAGAUAUCCCUCUCAUCCCACCUUUCUUGAAACUCCAGAAACUAAAUGUAGUCCCAAAACUAGUCUUUUACUGGGACCCUCCACGGCUAGGCGGUCGUUAUUUCAGUCACAGUUACACGGUGGGAUCUGGGUACGAGAUCAUCCCAAAACCUUAAGAGGUACCAAACGCUGUGAUUGCACUUUUCUUCCCUCGCCGAACUAAUUCUUUCUAAAUUAAAAUUAAUUUGUUGUGAGGCGACCAGCUAAUUGUAGCCUGGAAGGUAGAAUGGUUCCUAGGGGCUCUUCUCCCUGGGAAUGAAAGGUAUACCAUCCGUAGGAGAGGGGAGACUAAACUCUCCCUGACUGUUAACGCAUAUUUUGAAGUGAACAUAAUAGGAACUCAAGAAUUCUUUCAUAAGCUGGCCCUAUUAAGGUUACGAAAGCUAGGUCUUUCGACGGAACAGCACCAGCGCAUGGGACAUGGGGUGGACUGGCGAUGAACUCGGAUGAAAAUUGCCCCCUUUUGCCCUGUAAGGACGUAAAAAGCGAAAUACGAGUAGCUUUACAACGACGAUGUAUUUUGUAAUAGACCAGUUUCUGUUAUGAGAAAAACCAGAAUUAAAGUAAUCAUUCUAGCAAACAAGUUAUCGAAGAAGAAACGCUUUUUCAACUGUGUAAUGUGAUACCGUGCUUUCUCAUAGUUUACGUUAGCCUUACCCUCCCCCGUCAAGGUGAAAAGGAACGGAGGGGGGGGGUGGUACGGCUGCACAUAGGCGCAGUGGGUCAGCUUUCUCACAGAGCCACUCGGAGUAAAUUCCUUGUAAUACACAAAAUGUAUUGUUAAUUGUUCGAGAAGAAGAAAUUCGUUUACUGAUACAAAAAAGAUAAUCAUUUAAAUAAAAUGCACGAGUUAAAAGAAGAAAAAAAAAACCUUUCAUAGGUUUUUUCAUUCGAAGCGUUAGUUCCCUCCCUUUCCAUUUUAUAAACGAUUUGUCAUCUUUUUUAUCCUUCUUAAUGUAAUGUAAAUCGUUUUUUUUUCUACGAUUAUAAAUUCUCUGUACUCAGAUUCUUAAAAACUGGCCCGCUUAGCAUUGGCUAACCGAAAGCAAAAAGAAACUUGUACGAAUAAUAACCUUCAAAGAAUACAAUCACAGCUCAAAACCAUUAUUUGAUAAUCUGACGAUACUGAAUGUUUAUCAAGUUAAUUAUUACAAUAUUGCUAUCUUAAUGAAAAAAAUUUCAAAUAAUCAAUUACCUAUCUCAUCGAAAAAUAUUUUUAGGACUAAUGAAGAAGUUCACAACCACAACACUCGUUCAAACAAAAAAAUUACACAAGCCUUGUGUCAAAACAAAACUCAGGAAAUUAAGCAUUAGUUUUAAAGGAGUUGAUGUAUACAACAGCUUACCAAGUGAUCUAAAAAAUAUCCAGUAUAAAUCGACUUUUAAGCGAAAAUUAAAAAAUUAUAUUCUAACGAAUAGUUUAUAGUAAUAUAUUCAAUACCAAUGUAACUUACUCACGAAUCUGUAAAUCAAUGUAUAAGAUCUGUAAUCAUUGACCGCCAGACUUGUCUUAUCAGGUAGUAAAGGGGGUCUCCUAGAUAAACCUAAAAAGGCUUCUGAGACUUCCCGCUCAGGAUUAUAUUAAUUGCGUUGCAGUAUGUAGUGUUGUUAUAAUGAUGAUCUUGUGCAAAAAUAAAUUAAAAAAAAAAAAAAAAAAAAAAAGCCAAGCAUAUUUGUACUGAUGAUGUAAAAAGCUUUCAUCCAAUUACACUCGUCACGCAACGGACCAAUGACUAAGCAACACAGAAGAUACCGCACUCUCUCACUUUAGAUGUAGUCCAUGAAUUCACCUCUCGACUUUUCAAGACGUUCUCAGAAGAAAGAAGGCUUGAUCAGUUCUUUUUAAUCAAAGUUUUGGAAGCAAAGUAUGUCAACUACUGGAAAGGUGAGUGUUACAUUGUAGCUCUGCAAAUUUUUUCUAAUGCAACCAGUCGCAGUGUCAAAUACACCGCAACCGGGCACUGCGCAGCGGUCAGAAAUUUCUACAGAAUUUCCAUUGAAAUGUUCUUUCAAGCCUCUUAAGAGUAUCAGAUGAUUGUUUAAAAAUGUCAAGCGAUUCCACAAAUCACUUUAUUUUUCAGUGCAUACCGUAAAAACCGCUAGGUCGUCGACCUGACCGAGCGAUCGAUCAUAAGAUACGCACAAGCUCGAAAAAUUUGUCGACUUAAAAACCAUCCAAAUUUUUGGAAUCGCUGGGCAUUUCUAACUAAAUAUCGAGCACUCUUAUGAGAUUUGCUUGAGAUUUUCAGUGAAAAUUCGGUGAAUAUUUCUGACUGUCGGGCACGGUCUCGAAUACACCGAAUGCUAAUCACUUUUCACACCAAAUAAAAACGAACUUUCGUUUGGUAUUUGCAUGUACAAAUCGUCACGCAAAGUUCUUCCGUUGCGUGACACUUGAGAAACCUUUUCUAUUAAACUUUCUUUGCAAGAAACAGUCUUUUUUUUCUGGGUUACAUGCCCAUAUGAUGCUUUUAUAUCAUAAAAUAACCACUAAAAUCGGAGUUAGGCAGAAAAUUUCAAAAUUUUCCAUACCAUACAGCUGUAACUUCUUUUAACUUUAUCAUUAUGAAAUUUUACAAUUAAUCAAACAGUUCGUUAACAUAUGAUAACUCACCAAGUGAAGCCUGACUUCUAGAGGUUAAAUUCAAGGGUUGACCUAGUUAAGAAAAAAUGCCUUGGAUAUCUUUGUUGCUGAUUUUCAUUGUGAUUUCUUAUUCUGUCUGAGACUGGUAUUUUAGAGCGCCUUAACGCUGGUGAGGUUUUAGUCGGAGAUGGAGGGAUGACAUAUGCCUUGGAAAAACGAGGAUAUGUAAAAGCAGGACCUUGGACACCGGAAUGCAACGUGGAACAUCCCGACGGAGGUCAGUUUUUUUUAAUUUGAGGACUAGUAGUGCUUCGACCGCUCGGUCCGUUCGGAGUCUAGCACUCACUAUUAGUGCCAGACCUCCGGCAAACCUCGAUCUUCUCGAUUCGUCUCAAAUCCUGCAGCGCUAAAAUGAUGGGGCGAAAUGGGGGCCUGCUCGUAGGCGACGUUGGCUGAAAAAGUUCCUUCGCCGUCCCUUGUUUUCUUCGUUCAUUUCGUUAGUCCUGCAUAAAAUUCUUAUUUUCAAUCUUCGUUCUCUUCAUUUUUCUUAACAAUCCCUUUUCUCAUCCUCGAUAAUUAUAUUUUGUAGUUCGCCAGCUUCAUCGUGAGUUUCUUCGAGCAGGAGCUGACGUCAUUCAAGGUUUCACAUUCUCUAUGGACGAUGACUUGGGAGGAGACCAUGCCAAAUAUGGGGUGAGGUGAUAAAUUUUUCGCGAAAACGAGGCGGGCUGUUCUUUAGAAAGACUAAUAUUUUGUUAGGGUGAACGUCUUCUGAGAGCCGGAUGUGACGGAAACCGGUACCGAGCGUGAUUGACAGGUGAUACUUGUGGAAAGCGAGCAUGUGGAGGGAGUUACUGUUUUUGUGAGCGCUUGGGUUGCAUGCUUGUGAUGCGAUAAACGGGGGGCAUUUGCAAAAUGGAUGGAAAUGAAACCGGAUAUUGGUUGGCGAACUCUUUCUUUCCAAUUUCCGUUUUUUGCGAAGUAAAAAAACUCUUAUCUUAUCAAUUUUCUUAGAAAAUGUAUUUCCUGUUACCUAGGGGUGACGUAUAUGUUUGUUCAAUUGCACAACGAGCCUCUGUAAAUAUGUAGAUAUGUUAAUAUUGCACAAUAGUCGAAAUAUUAGGAUUUAUUUUAGAAUGAACGGUCGCAUUCAUAGCUUAGAAAUCUGAACUAGUUUGCUUUCGUGUUUGUUUCAAUGAAUCUUAUGAGUUUUCUGGGCUGAUUUAUGGCCAUUAAGCUCGUUUUUAGUUCCCCUGCUUUACUCAUAAAAGAGGGCAGAUUUCUGGGUUUAGCAUGCGACCCUUUAUUACUGCACAAAAAUCUUUAAGUUUCGUUUAUUUUGAGACAUAAACAUAUUUACAGAGGCUCAUUGUGCGCACUUUUGGGCUGCUUGGGGUCUGUUUUAACAGCUGAGAUUGUACGCAGCUCUGAUAGGUCACAUUCCUUUGUUUAUUCUUUACUGUUAAUUCUAGAGUAAUUUUCAAAAAUUAUAGACCAUUGAUAUCUUGGGUUUAUGGUUUACAGCCUUUCCUCGUGUUCUCUCAGAAUCUCGCGAGGAAUAGCAUAAUGGUAAGUCAAUAUGAAAUACGGUCCGUUUAUGUAGACCAUUUUUAAGAUCAGUCUUCCUACUCUCUUUCAGACCCAGAGAAUAAACCAAGCAGCGUGCGACCUUGCCAAGGGCGUGGCACAAGAAGGCGGGGUGUACUUUGCAGGUUGUAUAUGUCAGACUGCUUUCUUGUAUCAGAAAGGUGCUGGAAAAGAUGUUGUAAUGAAGAAGUUUAGAGAUGAAAUCGAGAUUUUCGUUCAGAAUAAUGCCGAUAUUCUCAUUGGCGAGGUAAGAUUUCCAGUCUCCCCUCUCUACCUUUCGUUUCAACGCUAGUUCUAGUUAUCAUUUUCCCUGCCUGCUGUACUGGCUGUGCAUAUUUAUGUGUUAGUUAAUUUAACUUUUAACUCGUAAUUGCAUGAUAAUUUUAUCUUUUAGCUUAAUGUAACUCAGUAAUACCCGCCUAGAUUAGCCCAUGCUGUAUUUGUGUAAUUUGUAAUAUUAGAGUCAGUCUCGCAAGAAACUAGCAGUCGUAAGAUUUCUAACCAAGUCACAUUUUUGAGACUAUAAAAGGCUAAAAAUAACUAGGAUAUCUUUUGAAGUGACUGGUAUCUAAUUCCUCCUUAUCCAUUACCCCUGAAUCAAACAUAAAGGUCAGGAAAAUAAAGGAAUUGAUCACGUACCAAAGAAGCUCUUGAUUGUUAGACAAAUUCUCCUUGUCAGUACCUUAGGAAAUGUUUAGAGAACAGUAUAGAGAAUAUGCUUACCAAUGUUAUUGUGAAGUGAUCAGGACAUAGGCAUUAGCUGCUAUCUUUAAGCUUUGCGAUGUUGAGAUUCUCUCUCGUACCAGCUUUUGAUUACCUUGUCAUUUGGCAAAUCUCUUAAGAAAGUGCCCUUCCUUUUCAGUUCUUUGCUAAUGUAGAAGAAGCGGAAUGGGCAGUAGAGGUGAUGAAGUCCACAGGAAAACCAGUAGCCAUUACCAUGCAAAUUGGACCAAAGGGUGACAUGCAGAAUGUACCGUCAGGCGAAUGUGCAGUGAGGCUGGCAAGGGCUGGUAUGGCGUGAUAUGAUGUGACGUCGCUUGCAAUGACACGGUGUGACAUGACAUGAUGCGACAGGACUUGACGUGACACAGUGUGACAUGACAUGUACUGACAUUGAAUAUAGGGGGUAAGUUUCUGCAGAAACUGUGGUGCCAUGUCAGUUGGGGAGUAUAACAAGAUGAUUUGGCUUUAUCAAAUGGGUUUAUAAUGUACAUUGGCCACUGUAGAGAGUGUUCUAAAGCUAACAUUUCGAGCGUUAGCCCCUUGUCAAAAGCGAAAUAUACUGACAUUGAUUGACACGUUGGACAUGGCAUGGCAUGUCAUGACACGACGCAAUGUGGUGAUGUUGUGACUCACCGUAAAAAUAAGUGACAUGACCUGUCGGAAUAGAUGACAUUUUUACAUCGCAUGACGCUGAAAAAACACAAGAUGACUUGACAUUCUGUGGCUUUGGCAUGUCAUAGCGUUCCGCGACGUACCUUGAAUUUAAUUAGCACAGAGCAUUAUAACAUGAAGAAACAUAGCGUACUUUACCUUAACAGAAAUUUUCAAUUGAGAGUCGAAAGUAAUCCGUGACUGCUUUGGUUUUGCCUCAUUUCGUUAUGUGAUCGGUCCAGAAAACUCGCCGCACGUUCUCAACCAAUCAGAUUCGACACUAAAACCAACGCGAUUUGGUCACUUUCCUUGCCAUGAUUAGCUCUUAAUAGAACCCCACAAUGGACACAGAAUAAAUACUUGACAUUUUAUGACGUGAUCCAAUUUUGCUCAAAAGACGUGGUAUUAUCAGUUGAGAUACAUCAAAUACUUUUGCACACAAGCGAUUGGUCUAAGUGCAUCACAAGACCGAAUAUUCCCCGGCUAAAACUGGGGGAUAUCCGAUAUAUCACCCAAGUGAUAUUCCCUAUUUUUCAAGCCUCAUGUCCACUAAGAUACUGAAGUCUUCCUCUAAAGUUUAAUUCAAGAUAAGAGAGCGUUUUAUGGUUGUUACAGAAGAUCGUAAAUAUUUCUUUGUUCAUCAAAGACAUACCCGAACACACUCAAAAGAGAACAUAACAUGCAGCAAACAUUAGGCUGUUUGUAUGCAUAGUUUCACGCGCAAUGCAAAAAAUUAAAAGGACGAUUAACACAAAAGCUUCUAUUUUGCGCGAAAAUAUGCUCGUAUACUUGUCCCAGGACAUAAUUUGUUCCUCGAAGCUCACAGUUUUCCUCGGAAAACUGUUCGCAUCUUGAAACAGAUAAUGUCCGCGGACAAAUAUCCGGGCAUAUUUCCGCGCCAAAUAGAGGCUAUUGUUAGUUAUUUCAAGUUUACCUCCACAACAUUUCAAACAGUGAAAUUUGAACUCGAAAUAGUGUAGUGAAACAAGUUUUUAUCUUUCAGGUGCUGACCUGGUAGGUGUUAACUGUUGCUUUGAUCCUGAGAAAAGUUUACAGACCAUUAGUCUGAUGAAAGAGGCGUUAGAUAAGGAAGGACUUAAAACCUACCUGAUGGUUCAACCGGUGGGUUAUCAUACUCCAGAUACUGAAAUAGGAUUUGUUGAUUUACCAGAGACUCCGUUUGGUAAGUGUGAUUUUUAACUCCUUAGUGAGCUACCCACACAUUUGCUAUGCUUCUAUUUUGUUAAAAUCAAAUCUAUGUUAGUAGAGUUUGAGAUAUCUCAACUGUCACGGAGACGCACGCACUAGUUCCCGACCGAGAGGAACCCCUGCUAAUCGUGUUUGUCCUUAGAGCGCAUUUCAAUUUGAGUGUUGUAAGACAAAAACCAAAUGACUCUCAACAGCAAAUCAGAGGAAAAGGAAAUAUUAAAACGUUCCCUUAAGAACGGAAGAACGGAUGGUAAAAACCAGCAAACUACUUCAAGCGAGACUGAUUUAAAAUUUGAUUCUGAUUGUUUAAGAAAGUGGUACCGGUUUUCUAGACCAAUCAGAGUAAAGCAAUCCUAGAUUACCAUCGGUACUCAAUAGAAAACUACUCUUAAGAUUCACUGCCCAAGCAGAGUGGGUCAGUUUACCUUCUAACAAUAUAUAAUUUUUUUUCCCUUUUUUCUCCUCUUUAAGCCUUAGAGCCUCGCACACUAACUCGCUGGGAUGUGCACAAGUACGCUCGGCGGGCCUACGACAUGGGGGUGAGGUACAUUGGUGGUUGUUGUGGUUUUCAACCAUACCACAUCCGGGCUAUAGCAGAAGAGGUAUGUGAAUCUUUGCAUUCCCAUCCAACCCUCGAGUUCGAGGUGCAAUCAGUUUAGAACAACAAAGAAUAAACGAUAUGAAUCGUUACGACAUGGACUGCCUCAUUUUUGAAAAUGAACAAAACGUUAAUACGAUCUUCAAGCAAACCGGAGCGAGAAAAGAAGACUCCUCAAAGGAGUGACUAUCCUUGUCUUAGAGGCGAGAGCCCUGGACACGAAUUUGUGUCGGAAGUAUUCGGACACCUUCGGAAUUCUUCGUCGGGAACGUCUUUGGAAAUCUCUUUCGAUAUGAUCGGGUUCGCUGCGAAAUAUCUAGGCUCACUCGUGAUGAAUGCCUCGCGUCAAAAGUUGGCAGUUUUAAUGUAUAAAUUAGAGUGGAAAUUUUAAGACUUGAGGCUUUGUUUUAAAAGUGACUUCGACAGAGAUGACAGCUUUCUCUUCAUUCAUAUGAUGUAUACACAUUGUGAGUGGGUGCUCCGGUAAUGAAAAGGCCUUCGAUAUAAAUUUGGGGAAAUGAUCAAACCUUGGAUAACCCAUUAUACGGAAAAAAAAUAGGUUUUCAAGUAAGCUACGAGACCAGUUUCUCUAAAAUGGCAGGAGUUUAUUUAUCAACUUUAUAGAUAGAGGAAUUACUUCCACUCCUGUUUAGCUGGCUCCUGAACGAGGUAGAUUACCCGCCGCCAGCGAAAAGCACAGUCCGUGGGGAGAGGCACUCAAACAUCAUUCGGUAGACUUGAUUCGAGCAAGGUGGGUCCGCAACGAAUUGUGAAUAGAAUUCCUUCUCAAGUGCGUACAAACUGAGAACACAGAAACUUUUAAGUUCCACAAAUUUUUCAAGAUGGCCGUCUCAAGCAUUCCCUCUCACAAUUCCCUAAGCGCCCGCGAGGUGACUUAAGUUCUAUGGCUAUCACUUUAGUGCUAAGUUAGGUAUACUAAGAUUUCUUGCAACGGAGUAGUAUCGAAAAAUAUCCCAAAAUGCAUCGUCGUUAUCCUUACUUCGCUUUGUGACUUGUCUGGAGAGUAGCGCCACCUGACCCUCUCAACCAAUCAGAAUCAAAACUUGAGCAACUUUGAUUGGGAGAUGGCGUUAGCUGUAUUUCGCUUUGUGAUUGGUCUGGUAAACUCGCGCCACUUUCUAAACCAAUCCGACGACCUUCGAACCGCAACCGCAAUCUGCCCGCCCUCGUUUUCCCGCGCUCUAAGCAGUUCACUUGUGUCAACGUUAUGUUUCCAUUGGCUCUUCGUGACAUUCUUCUUUUUUUUCUAAUUCUCCUUGACGAUAAUUCUGUUUCUUGUAUUUUAUAGGGCUAAUCGAGCGUACUGGGAAAACCUCAAGCCAGCCUCUGGUCGACCGUUUUGUCCUUCAUUUAGUGGACCGAGAGGAUCUGGCCAACCUCAAUAAGUAAAGAAUUGGUUUCGUGAACGCUGAGUCGUUUCGCUGUUUUUACUUUUUCGUCUGUCCUAGACCUUAAUUCCACAGGCGAUAAGACCUUUCCUUGAAGAGUACAAAGUUAAUUUCUUUCAGAAAGCUGAUAAUUCAUGAAACAAAUGAAGUUUCUUCUUUCCAACUAAAGGUCUUAUCGCCUGUGGAAUUGCCUGCGAAAAAAAUUUUUUGACCCGUAUCAAAAUGGCAAAACGCGCGUUCGGUCGUGCUGUUUUUGUUCAAGGCUUCCUUAACUGUUUUAUAUCUUACAUCCCACCCAUUUGAAACACUAUUCAUCAAUGGCAAAAAGCUGGGAGUAUAUUUCCUGAGUGACCCUAAGCGGCAUUAGCUACGCCCUUACUUCUCUUCACAUAUAUCCAUGACGCCCAUUCAAAAACAUUCUCUCCUGUUCAUUUUCCUGCGCAAGUGAAAUACUCCCCUCAAACAUCCGAAUGUUGAGCAUUUUUAAUCAAACCAAGGGACUUACCCCCUACCCCAGCCUUACCACCAGCUUACUCCUCUGCCUACUCCCCUGAGGGUUUUUAUGGACUCCUUUAGUAAAUAUUUGCAGUGUUUUGUUUUGCGGGAUUUUUUUUCUGUAAGAAUUUCAUUUUUAAGAUCAAGGACAAUCUGUAAUAUGCCCAAAAUUAAAACGAGCUACAUAUAAAUUUUCGUUUGUCAAUGUACGAAAAUUUCCCACGAAAAGUCGUAUGGUGUUCCUUUCUCUAUCAAAAUUUUGAGAUCAUAUGUUAUCCUGAUGUUGAUCGUAGAAAUAGUAAGAAAAAUAAAGUACAAGCACAAAACCCUUGGACUACUAUCAGAUACACUUAAAAUAAUAUUUUACUGUUAAUUAAUAGUAACUGUUAUUUACUUAUAACAAAAUGCUCAUCUUUCAUAAAAUAAUAAUA